AUUUAUAUAUAUAGCAUCUGCUAUAGCUUUUGCUUAUAUACGUAUGUAUAUAUAUCGGUUUUCAAGCUUUGUGUUCAUUUCUGAUUUGACACACCUAUGUUGAGUUUAUUGAUUUCACCAUUCAUUGAUCAAGAAGAAGAAGAGGGUUUAUUUUUAUUCGUAGCUUCAGAUCUACACAGCCAACACCGUCAGCAGCGGCGGCAGCCACCGUUAAAGAUGCGUCAAUUACUCAUCAGUUGCGCGGAGCUUGUUUCUCAAUCUGAUUUCCCUGCUGCCAUUCGCCUUUUGUCUAUUUUAUCCUCUUCGUCAUCGCCUUCCGGCGACUCCAUCGAGCGGCUCGUUCACCAGUUUGUUAAAGCGCUUUCUCUUCGAAUCAAUCGUCUUCACCACCACCAUCACCACCAUGGCCUUGCAGGUUCGAGCUUGAUGAGGAUGAUGAAUGAUAUUAACUUUCCGAUAACGAGUACCGCCGGUCCGGUGAAUUUCGACAUUGAUCCGUCGUUACAGUCAUGUUAUCUUUCUUUGAAUCAAAUAACUCCAUUCAUUAGAUUUGCUCAUUUAACAGCUAAUCAAGCCAUUCUUGAAGCUAUACAAGUAGGGCAACAAUGUAUACAUAUUAUUGAUUUCGACAUCAUGCACGGUGUACAAUGGCCGCCGUUGAUGCAAGCGUUAGCGGAACGAUCAGCCAACACUCACCACCCACCGCCGAAGCUUCGAAUUACCGGAACCGGACACGAUCUAAACAUUCUUCACCGAACCGGCGACCGUCUUUUCAAAUUCGCACAAUCAUUAGGUCUCAGGUUCGAGUUCCACCCGCUUUUAGUCCUUAAUGAAGAUCCAACAUGGAUAGCUACUAAUUUUACUUCCAUGGUCACGAUCCUACCCGACGAGGCACUAGCUGUUAACUGCAUGUUGUAUCUCCACCGGUUGUUAAAAGACGAUUCUCGUGAUAUCCGUCUCUUCCUCCACCACAUCAAGGCCUUAAACCCCACCGUGGUGACCGUCGCCGAAAGGGAAGCUAACCACAACCACCCACUCUUCUUACAAAGGUUCGUUGAGGCCUUGGACUAUUACACCGCCAUCUUUGAUUCUUUAGAAGCAACGUUGCCGCCUAAUAGCCGAGAAAGACUGGCGGUGGAACAAAUAUGGUUCGGCCGGGAAAUAGUCGAUAUAGUGGCGGCCGAAGGCGAGAAUCGAAGAGAACGGCACGAGAGGUUGGAGACAUGGGAAGUGAUCCUUAGAAGCUCAGGGUUUAUCAAUGUUCCAUUGAGUCCAUUUGCACAUUCACAAGCUAAGCUUCUUCUUAGACUCCAUUAUCCUUCUGAGGGUUAUCAACUUCAAAUUGUCAACAAUUGUUUUUUCCUAGGUUGGCAAAAUCGUCCCCUUUUCUCUGUAUCUUCAUGGCGCUAG